UGGAGGGGGAAAGCUGCCUGAGCCAAUACCUUCGAUUCUACGUACAGCUCAUGAUAAGAUACCCCUAAUAUUGAGUACCCACAAUAUUGAGUACUCCCAUUAUAAGAUGCCCCCAUUAAAAGAAAAACCUCUAUUUGGGAUACGACCUUUAAAAGUUUGGUUGACUACUGGGCGAAGGGGGAAGCUGCUUAAGACAAUACCUUCGAUUCUACGUAUACCUCAUUAUAAGAUACCCCCAAUAUUGGAUACUUUCAAUAUUAGGUACUCCCAUUAUAAGAUGCUCCCAUUAUAAGACACACAUCUAUCUAAGAUACGUUUUUAAAAUUUGGUUGGUUAU